AAAUUAGGGUUUUCAUUUCAGUAAUCGCUGCCGCACUAUCGUCUCCUACCUCCUUUGCCUACAAGCUUUCACGCGGGAGCUCAACAUCAGCCAUGGCGGAACAGACUGAGAAAGCUUUUCUUAAGCAGCCUAAGGUCUUCCUUAGCUCGAAGAAAUCUGGAAAGGGAAAGAGACCUGGAAAAGGUGGAAACCGUUUCUGGAAGAACAUUGGUUUGGGCUUCAAGACUCCUCGUGAAGCCAUUGAUGGAGCUUACGUUGACAAGAAAUGCCCCUUCACUGGAACUGUUUCCAUUAGAGGUCGUAUCUUAGCUGGUACUUGCCACAGUGCGAAAAUGCAGAGGACCAUUAUCGUGCGAAGGGAUUACCUUCACUUUGUGAAGAAGUAUCAGAGGUAUGAGAAGAGGCAUUCAAACAUUCCGGCUCAUGUCUCACCAUGCUUCCGUGUUAAGGAAGGAGACCAUAUCAUCAUUGGCCAAUGCAGGCCAUUGUCGAAGACAGUGAGGUUCAAUGUGUUGAAGGUGAUACCAGCUGGGUCUUCUUCUUCAUUUGGAAAGAAGGCAUUCACUGGAAUGUAAGCUGCUGCUGUUGAUGAUGUUAGUUUAUGUUUCUGGAUAGAGCUGAACUAUUAUGUUUUAUGGUGAUUUUCUUAUUGAAUUUUUCCAGACAUUAAAUUUUGUUUUACUCUGCUGAAUCUUUUUCAUCCCAAUCUGUGCCUCUGUUUAAGAUCUGAUUUUUGCUACUCUUCUCUUACCUUGUCCUAUAAUUAGGUUUAAAACCCGGUUAGACAGGCCAGUCCAAUCUAGUACUGUCGAGUUUGGUCU